CCUGCUGUGGUUGUUUAUGGAUGUAGCCCGCUGCAGGCCUACAAUUGUGUUUAUAGUUGUGUUGUGAGUUCAAUGUUCGAUUAUGGAGGACAGCACAGAAUCAGCAGCGGAAACGACAGUAGAGUCGGAGGAUUCAGAACUCACUAAGGCACCGCAUAGGGGUGAAGAGAUUAUGAAAGGGUUCCAGGUUAACUGGAUGGUAUUAAGAGAUGCUGACACUGGAAAAAUUCUGUGGCAAGGCUAUCAAGAUUUGUCAGUACCAGAUGUUGAACAUGAAGCAAGAGUUCCAAAGAAGAUCCUAAAGUGCCGGGCAGUCUCAAGAGAAAUAAAUUUUUCAUCUGCGGAAGCAAUGGAGAAGUUUAGAUUAGAACAGAAAGUGCUAUUUAAGGGACGAUGCCUAGAAGAAUGGUUUUUUGAGUUUGGAUAUGUUAUCCCGAAUUCUACCAAUACAUGGCAGUCUAUGUUUGAAGCAGCUCCUGAGUCACAGAUGAUGCCUGCUAACGUGCUGAAUGGCAACGUGGUCAUUGAAACGAAGUUCUUUGAUGAUGAUAUGCUUGUGUCAACUUCAAAAGUUCGCCUGUACUAUGUAUGAAACGUUGUACAUCGUGAUAUUACAAAGUGUGAGGUUACCAUGAGGCACUUGUUGAUGAGUUGUGGAAGAUGUGCAAAGCAACAAUUCUUCUUGAUUAUGGAUUUUAAAAAUAGGUAUCAGAGAAAAGUGAACUUUCUCUUCAGAUACUGUGAUUGUAUACAUUAUAGAUAAUAGUAAGAAGAACCAUCCACUAUUUUAUAUACAUGUAUAGAUAUAUGUAUUUCAGUGAUCUCUUGUAACUUCAGUGCUUGUGAUAUUUGCAAUAAUUGUAAAACUUAAAUGGUCAAGCAGAACUCUGUCCUUACAUGAGACACAAUUUGUGUUUGCAUCAGUUCUCGGGGUAACAGAGGUUAGAUGCCUCUGUUGUUCAAAAGACAAAUACUGCAUAAGACACGCUGGGGUACUAAUCCAUUGCUUGGGAUCUAUAAUGCAAGUAAUUACUCUAAAAAGUGAGGGGUGUGAACUGUUACCGAGAAUUUGUGAUUCCAGACACAAUGGUACUGCAAACUAAAACCUUAUUUCAAUGUGUUGGGAACAUCACAAUAAAGGAUUUUAUUGUAUUUACUUUCAUGUGUGAAUGGAAGAAAAUAAUAUGAAUGAAAUUGUUUAUGCCAGUUUCCUUCAAGUUGACCUUCCAACCUGUAAUGUUGUUAGGGAUGAAUAGACAUCACGUGCAGUAAAUUCUCAGACUCACUGUGAAAAGAACUAACUGUUAAGGUAAAUUUUUAUGCUGUUCCCCUGAAAAUCAACAUGUUGCACAGUGUGAGAAAAAGAAACCACAGGCCCAGCUGUGACACUUUUAACAUUUGGUAUUGAAUGCUUCCUGUGCAUGGGCUUCUCUGGAUCAAACUUAGUGUGCAACAUCUCUUUCGGUUUAAAAUCUUGUACAGCAUUCUCAUGUUAAAAAUGAAAUGCACAUUUUUUUUAAUUAAUUCCACCCCCUCCCAGAAUCUUUUCAUCCUGCUUAAUCAGUUGUGUGAUUUGGUAUCUUACUAAACCAGUUGGAUGCAGGAAUGUGGUUCAUUUCAAAGAUGAAUUGGUCCUUAAUUUUGAAUGACACAGAGCUGUUUAACAAGAUUUCAUGUGUGCCAACAGUAAACCAUGUAACAAAUGUAGAAGGAAGACUAAACUUAUCACAGGAUGUUCUCAACAUAGAAUGUGUGUCAUUGUAAUUUUUUAUUCUUGUCAUUUAUUCACGUGGUUAUAUUCCAACUAGCAUAGCUGGAUAAUGUGACAUGGCUGAAUUACUAUAAAGAACAGACAGACACCUUAAUAUGGGCCUACUUUUUGUACUUAUCUUUCCUUCUUGUUUUAUUGUUAAUAUGAGGAGUUUGAUGGUAUUUGAGAAGUAUGAAACCUUAAGAGAAAUAUUUGUAAUAGCUUUACAACUAGGAAUGUAACACACAGCCCUUACUGAGACUGAGCAUACAAAAUCUGCUUUCAGUCUUUGACUCAGAAAUCCCAUUUUCAGUUUACUUUUAUAAUCUGUACUCUCACUGAACAUCUAUAAAUUGUAUCCCUAUUGCCUUAUAAUGGGCUUACGUGGAACACUUCAUGGUCAUGCAUGUAUUAUUCUGGCACUGAUGUAGCUGAUGGUGUGGGUUAACCUGUUAACAAUCUUGCACAGUGCCAUUUUAUCCCUUGUGGUUUUCUGCCAGACCAAUUCUAAAUUUGACUUGUACCAGAGGUACUCUUUUUAUAUGAUCUGCAAAAUGUAUCUUCAAUAAGCAUAAAUUGGUAUGAAACACUUUUGUUUUAGACACUGUCAUCAUCUCUCAUAGAGAAUACAUUUUUUGUAGUAGGAUAGAUAAAAAAAUCUACUCACCAAGUGGUGGCAGGAGGACACGCACAUAAAAGAAGGUUAUACUUAUGCAAGCUUCCGGAGCCAGUGGCUCCUCCUUUCAGCAGAAUGGUAGAAGGGGAUGAAGAGGGGUGAAGGAAAAGUACUGGAGGUGUUUAGGAAAAUGGGCAGAUUUCGGAAAAGUCGCACAGAACCGCAGGUCAAGGGAGGCCGGGAUGAGAAGGAAAGACUGAUUGUUGGGGACUGCACUGGAUGAGAUUUGAAAACCUAAACGUCUCUCCUCCUCAUCCCAUCUGGUAAGUCUCCCCUGACCUGCGAAAGUGGGUGACUUUCUUGAAAUCUGCCCCUUUUCCUAAACCUGUCAAGUCCUUUUCCUUCACUCCUCUUCUUCCCCUUCAACCCUUCUGCCAAAAGGAGGAGCCACUGGCUCAGGAAGCUUGUUUAAGUAUAACCUUCUUUUAAGUGUGUGUUCUCCUGCCACCACUUGGUGAGUAGAUUUUUUUAUGUAUCCUAUUACAUCAUACAAAACUGAUUAUUUUCGUUAUUAUAGAAUGCAUUUUUUAUUCGACUUAGAAAUGAGAUUGCAUUCUUCAGCAUCGACAUUUCUUGAAAGUAAUAGUUUUCAUUCUCAUCAGCAAGCAGCGUCCAGUUCUUGUUGUUAAAAUUAAGAUUUCUAUGUAAGUGAGUAAAGUGAAAACUGUAGUUUUUCAGUGACAUUACUUUCACAUUAAUCGUGUAAUGGUGCAUACUUAUAACUAAAUGUCCACUACACAUAUUUUGACAUAUCACACAUUACAGUCACAAAAGAACAUGGACACCUGCUAGAUUGCAGUGGAGGACUGCUUGUCUCACCCUAUUUACAAUUAUAUGUCACAUGUACUCAAACACACAGUAUCUGAAUUAAUCGCAAUCUUUGCUUCUUGUUAAUGAGAGAUAUUUGAUUGUUCCAGCUUUGUGUUUCAGGAAAAGAUAACGUUACAGUUGUUAGUUACCUGUUACAAAGUUUAUAGUGCAAGAUUAAUAAGUCUGUAAAGUAGAAAAUAGCAGAUAAUGAAGCUAUGUGAUGUAAGGCACACAAGUCUUUAGUACAGGCAAUUAUGAUGAUGAUCAGGAUGAUAAUGAAUAUGAAUGACCUUACGUAUUUGUUCCACCUUACAUAUUUGCCCCAUACACUUGUUGAGAGAGCAGAGGAAACUGAAGCUGAUUAUGUGCAAGUUAUUCAGUUCCCUCUCAACUGAUCAUGUAGUAGAUCUGAAGCAUUAUUAGCUUUUGUAGGAACAGAGGUGUCUUCUAAAGUAGAAAGUCUGCUCUUAAUAUCAAGCAUUCCUUUUUUGUUUUAAGAGAGAGAUUUCUGAGACAUAUCAUGGACUUAAUGUAGUCAUUUUGCGAUCUUUGCAAAGCUGCAAGUAUUUGCAGGAACGUAUGUUGUAUUUAACUGAUAGUUUUUAUAAAAUUUGUGGGGGCAAAAAUAUUGUCAAAAGUGGACUGCCACAUCUCAUUACCAUUAUCAUUGAGAAAGGUAAGGCUUCGAACAAAAAUCUUACAACAUCGAAACUGUAAAUUGCUCAAGAUUUGAUUUCACUUGUGUGAAAUACAUCUCAUUUUUACAAGUAGUAAAAAGUAGCAUCACACCUUCGAUCUGUCCACCCCCGGUAGCUGAGUGGUCAGCGUGGCAGGAUGUCAAUCCACAGGGCCCGGGUUCGAUUUCCGGCUGGGUCGGAGAUUUUCUCCGCUCAGGGACUGGUUGUUGUGUUCUCCUAAUCAUCAUUAUUUCAUCCCCAUCAACGCGCAAGUCACUGAAGUGGUGUCAAAUUGAAAGACUAGUACCGGGCAAAUGGUCUACCCGACAGGAGGCCCUAGUCACACGACAUCUACAUUUAUUUACCUUUGAUCAAACAGUUGACACUGAAAUGAAAAAUGAGAUGGAACCUUGCAGCAAAAUUGUAUAAUGUAUUGCAUGACCUGUCUCAGAAAUGAAAAUUCAUGCUGUAACGGGUUACACGAAUGGCCUUUGUGUGAGACUCAUGAUGAUAAUUUACUUUCAAGAUAAAACUGGUAUUUAAUCAAACCACAGGUAUGUGUGGGGGGGGGGGGGAGGGGGAGGUGCACGCAAACAUUUUUGUACAUCAUGAAGACAGCAGGAAAUUUCAGCUCUGAAACAUAUGUACUAACGGAUGGCAAUCAAACAAACAUACGAGUAUUAUGUAAGCAGGCACACUCUAUAUUUUCUUUCUAUGCACAGAACUUCUUGCAGUGCCUUAUGGACAUACCUUCUAAAAGUUCUUUGUAUUACCAAUAAAACGAAACAUGCUGUUUUCUCAUAUGUACAGAGUUACAAUUUUUAAAUCUGAAUUUCUCCCACGCAUUUCUUGCAUAGGCGAUGUGUCACUACCAAAAUACAAAGUUCAUACAAUAUAGGCUAGCAUAUUAAUAAGAUUUUUCUGAAGAUUUCAGUCUAUAUUAUUGCAAGGCCAAAACAAGGAAAUCUUUUCUGUACAUCAGGCACCCUGUUGUGGUGUAGCUCACGGAAAUCCUACCUGUUUCUCAGCAACGAAUUGUAAAUGAAUUCUGUACUUUCUUCAAUGUUUUAUUUCUGCAGUACUUUUUUAUUCCACUUAUUGCAUCAUGUAAGUGUAUAUGACUUAAAUGUGUAAUUUUUGAAUCCAAGUGAACUAUUUCGUGAAGGUAAUUCGCAAAAUUGUACAAAAUUUUAUUAUGCUGCAUUAUUCUUGAACUCUUAGUCAUAUUAGAUUAGUAACUUUGGUGCAGUGAUGUUUGUGGUAAUGGUGCAGUGAUUGUAACAUGGAAGAAUAAAUGCAUGCAUUGCCCGUAAUUUGUAAUAUAAAGUUCCCUCAUCCAUAAAAAGUGAGUCUGUGGACUUUUCAGUGAAAAGAAAUGUGCCUUCGCUCAGGUACCAGCUAAUGGUGCCACUGUCUAGAAGGCAUUAGAAAUACAAUUGUGUGCUGCACUAAGAGAAUAAGCAUUUUUCUCUCCAUCAUUCUGAACAAUUUUAUAUACUGGAAGCAAACUAUUGUUAACUUGUUUAGCAACUGAUGACUUUUUUUUUUAAAAGUAAUUUUUUGUUGUAACUACAGACAAUAACACUUUGGGUUACUUUGAAAAGCAAUUGGUCCAAAGAUAGAAAACCUGAUAGCUUUUCCCCUUUGUAGACAUUGUAUUUGCACAUUUUACAUUUUUGUACUCAUAUGUAUGUUAGAUUCUUACACAUUGUGGUAUAUUUUAACAGAUUUGUUUGCAAUUAAUUGCAUGUAAAACAUGAAUAAAGUUUCUGCUGUGUAAAUUCUGUUUACAAUUAAUAUGUGUACUUUGUAAAAUAGCCAUGUACUUUGAAGUCUUAAGCAGUAAUUUCCUGUACCACUUACACGGGACCAAUAAAACUACUUUUUCUUCUAGAUAA